AUGUAUUGCAACGUGACAAGGGAAAGUAUCAUGGAGUUUUUGAAAUUGUGCAUCGUUUGCCAGAAAAAAAGUUCUAACAAGAAGAGGGGCCUCGUAUCAAAACCCAUUUUACACUCAGCAUACAAUUCAAGAGCUCAACUGGAUUUAAUCGACAUGCAAUCGCAAGAACACAAUGGAUUUCGAUUUAUAAUGGUAUACCAAGAUCACUUGACAAAAUUUGUCAACUUGCGUCCUCUGAAGUCCAAAAGAGCGGAAGAAAUUUCUUUAAAUUUAAUGAAGAUUUAUACUCUUUUUGGCGCGCCCGCUAUACUUCACUCCGAUAAUGGUCGAGAGUUCGUGAAUUCUGUAAUAACAGAACUUCAUAAGAUGUGGAGUGAAGUCAAAAUUGUUCACGGAAAACCCCGUCAUAGUCAGUCCCAAGGUUCAGUUGAAAGAGCUAACAGGGACAUUGAAGAAAUUUUAUCCGCGUGGAUGGAAGAAAAUCAUUCGAAGGAUUGGCCCAAUGCUCUAGAUAUUGUCCAAUUUCGUAAAAAUCGUUCAUUUCAUGCAGGAAUAGGUCGUUCACCUUUCGAGGCAAUGUUCGGUUGUUCCGCACAAGUCGGCCUUUUAUCAAUUGGCAUACCACAUUCAGAAAUUAAUAAUAUUAAUACAGAGGAAGAUAUCGACAGGAUUUGUAAAGAAAACGCGGAAAAUCAAAACAAAACAAGUGUGACGCAACCAGCUGCAACAAUAGAAUCAAAUUUAGAGUUGCCUAAUAUUGAAAUUUGCAAUGAUGCAAACAAUGAAAUUUUUAAUAAUACCAUUUCCAUAGACCUGGAGGCAACAAAAAAUACUGAAACUUUAAUCUCACGUCAAGAUGCAACUGUGGAGUUGUUUAAACCUGACAAUCCGAUAACAAAGCGAUUUCGAGACAUAUCCACAAAUCGAGAAAACGCAAGAGAGUGCUUAGGAAGACAAGCCAAAAAAAUGUUGAAGCUUUCUGAACAAAGUCAACCGCCUAUUGCAAUUGGAUCCAUGGUUAGACUACCUAUUCCUGAUGUGGACAGAGCAAGGGGAGCACCGAGAAACAUUUUAGCAGCUGUUAUAAAUAUUGAUAACGAUUAUUACACUCUAGGAAAUGAGCAUGGAACAUUAAAUAAAAAGUAUGUGAGAAGCGAAUUUUUCAAAUGUGCCGGAAAAUUGAUUAAUGUCGAAAAUGUUUCGGCUAAAAAAGUAUCCCUCAGAGAAGCUGCUUCUCAAAACAGUGUAUUCGGUGCACAAGGCUACGAACUAUGCAACUGCAAAACCGGAUGUGCACAGAAUAAGUGCAAGUGCUUCAAAAGUAACAAAAAAUGUAAUUCGAAAUGUCACAGCAGUUUGUCCUGCAAGAACAAAUAA